GAGAUCGAGAACAAAGAAAAGACCGCCAAAACUCUAUUACAGUACUAUUUGUCAGCGGACACCUCCAAUCGCAAAGAAGAACGCGGGCAUCUCCGAACUGAAGAAAGUUCGAAAACUUGGAGAGAGCUUGGAGGGAUAGCCGUGUAUUUUAUCAUGUCUAAUCCAAGUGUAACUCCCAACAAGAUCAGGAAAGUUGACGCAGUUGACGGAGCACAAAACUCCCACACGGAUCAACAUGAAAUUUUAGAAGAAAUCAACGCGGUGCAGAAUCAAAUAGAUGCACUAAAUGAGCAGGCAUCCGAGGAGAUUUUGAAGGUUGAACAGAAAUACAACCGACUUCGAAAACCUUACUUUCAGCAGAGAACAGACCUCACAAGACGGAUUCCCCACUUCUGGAUGACGGUCGUAUCCUUUUGUUUUAAUUUGCACUUAAGCUUGUAAGUCAGUGCUUAAACUGCGCUUUGGCUUGUUACAGGGUAAGUUUGUUUUUUAGCGUCUAGGAGUGAAUUAGGAUGAUUUUUAUUUAAUCUUGUUUAAUAUUAUUGGACUGCACUGUCCUUUUAUGAACAACUGUUUUAUCAGAGAAAAUUGGAACAUUAUUUAAUUUUCCUUUCAUUACAGAUUAAUUUUGGGGAAAGAUCCUUUGUAGUUUUGACUUGCUUACCAGGUGAACAAUACCAUGCCAGUGCGCGGGUCUAGUUAUAUUUUUACUCAUGAAGUAACGCAACAAGUAGUCUGAUGUUUGAGAGAAGAUAUUUUUGAGUCGAUCACUUACUCAUAUUAUAACUAAGGUAUCAAUGGACCCAACAGUCACUUUAAAAAAAUGGUAUGGAAAGGAGAGAAGUUUUAACCAGUAGGUUAUAAUUUCCAGAGAAAUUUGAUUAUUUUCUCUUCAUAAUCGAUCGGGCCAACCACAUUUUGCAACUGAUGAGCAGUGAGGAAAAAUAACUGCCACCGUUUCCAAAUCUGUAUUAAGUCAUGAUAAUCCAAGUUGAUAUUUCCAGGUAUUAAGUUUUAGAUGUGCCAAAUUAGCUAAAACAGGAAAGUGUUGUGAGCUUUCGGGAGCGAUGUUUUAGCAACAAAACAAAAUGGAGGUGAUCGAUCAACGGUGGGCGGUGAUAUAUUACUAGUACCCAGACUUCCUAGUCCACUCGCUUGUGUGUGUAACAGAAGAAAAUUUAUUCAGAGGAAUAAAAAGCACUGAAAAAUGCCUGUAAAAGAAAUCAAAUUAUCACCAAUUGACAUUAAAUCUGUAGGAGAAUUUCAUUUCUGUCUAGCUAAAAAUGUUAUCUCUAAGAUAACUUGGGGGAGGGGGUAUCUUUAUGCACUGCAUCAGUGACCACGAAACAUUUCAUUUCACAUAUUUUUUCCUGUAGCACCUCCUUGCUUUCACAAAUUGUGGACAAUGUUAUCCAGUUGGCAAUGUCAUCGGGGUUGCCAAGAAAAGGAUAGGGAAUUUGGCAGAGAAAAUUGAUUUGUUAAAGCAGGACAUAUAGAAACCUUAUCAAAGUCAAACAGAUUUUUUAUAUGAUUGGUUGACCUUCCGAAUAAAUGUCAUUAUACAUGUCAUUGGUACAUUUUCACAAAUGCCUUUGCACAUAUAACAUUAGAACAGAGAAAGUAGCAUGACUGAAUUUCAUUGCUUACAAGUAGUACUUCAUGUAAAAUGACAUGAUUUAUAUACCAAAAUAGUUUUUUUCCUUCUUUUUUUUAUAUUAUGGAGCUAUGAGUAUUUUUGCUGUGGAAAAAUUACUAGGGGUUGAAAGAGUUACUGUUUUCAUUUAAAACUAUUAAAAAAAUAAAUUAAUUGUUGUUCUCACUGAAAAGUUUUGGGUAUCUGCUGUGUCUAUAGUAGCCCAUUUUUCCUAUAAGAAUCAAGCCAUUGUGCCAUGAAAGUAGAGUUUGCAGUCUAUUAGUGUUAAUUUUUUAAAAAACUUAAACUUUAUUUUGGUUGACACAUUUAUUGUUCGGAUUAGUUUCUUAGUGGCAACUAUGCUAUUACAGUAGAUGUGGUUAUUCACACUAAAUAAAAAGGAAAAUGUGGAAGAUAAAUGCAGUUUCUGAUAAACAUCAAUUUUUGAAUACAGUUUUUAAGAGCUCUUUUAAGAGUAGACAAAAAGAUAUGGAGCUGAUGUUAUGAGAAGUUAACACCCAAGCCAAACAUUAAACUUUUCAUGAGAGGAGCCAAACUGGACUAAUAAAGUUCCAAUCUUUCAUUCUGCUCAGGUGAUGAUGUCUAAUUAGUUUAAUGCUUCAUUAGUUCGACGUUUGAACCAACAGACGAACUUAACAUAUUUAGGUAGACCCAAAGUACAAUUUGGUUCAUCUCAUGAAUAGUUAAACAUUUAGCCUAAGUUAUCUGAAUUCUAAAUUUAAAAACAAAAAAUAGAAGAAUUUCAUUGACUUGACUUUGGUGCACAGUUUAUAAAUCAUCCGCAGCUGCAGGUGUUGAUUGAUGAAGAAGAUGAAGAAGCGUUACAGUACAUGACAUUUCUAGAAGUUGAAGAGUUUGAAGACAUCAAAUCAGGAUACAGAAUAAAGUUUGUAAGUUCCUUGGUUGUCUCUUUUAGUAAUAAGAGAUUUCAAAAUCACUAGAUGUAAUGUUUCCUUUAAAUGAUAAUGUUGUGUAAAUUGUGACAAAAUGUUGGAAACAGACAAAAAGAGAAAAUGAUCACAGCGAUGAUGAUUCAAAGAUGACACCUCUGUAUUCCAUCUCCACGCUAAAACCAUUAAAGGACCUAAUUUUUCAUAAUUUGUUUUGUUGAAGGGCUUCACAGAAAAUCCAUAUUUUACAAAUGAAGUGCUAUACAAGGAAUUUAUUCUCAAUGAAAAUGGUGAUCAGUCUUCCUUGGCUACGCCUAUCAAGUGGAAAGGGGGCAUGGUAAGANGCAGGUGUUGAUUGAUGAAGAAGAUGAAGAAGCGUUACAGUACAUGACAUUUCUAGAAGUUGAAGAGUUUGAAGACAUCAAAUCAGGAUACAGAAUAAAGUUUGUAAGUUCCUUGGUUGUCUCUUUUAGUAAUAAGAGAUUUCAAAAUCACUAGAUGUAAUGUUUCCUUUAAAUGAUAAUGUUGUGUAAAUUGUGACAAAAUGUUGGAAACAGACAAAAAGAGAAAAUGAUCACAGCGAUGAUGAUUCAAAGAUGACACCUCUGUAUUCCAUCUCCACGCUAAAACCAUUAAAGGACCUAAUUUUUCAUAAUUUGUUUUGUUGAAGGGCUUCACAGAAAAUCCAUAUUUUACAAAUGAAGUGCUAUACAAGGAAUUUAUUCUCAAUGAAAAUGGUGAUCAGUCUUCCUUGGCUACGCCUAUCAAGUGGAAAGGGGGCAUGGUAAGAUGAAAUUUGGCUAAUUACUCAUAAUGUAUUCUGACCUAGAAAUGAUUAUGUCUGUCUGUUUGUCACUCUGUACUUAUCAUAGUAGGAAAAAAAAGAAGCAAUGAGGUCACCUGCAAUGAAAGGCAAAGUAUUUGCCUUUCUUGCUUUCAUCACUCUAAUAAGGUCAAUUCAAAUUAAAACAUCUAUCAUUAUUGUGACACAGCAUGAUCAAGUGGUUAGGGCAGUCAUAAACUUGAAGACUGGCAGUUGCAAGUCAGUCCUGCAUGCUAUUUAGUAUAACCAUUGCAUUUAGUCAAUUCACAGUAAUCUGGAGUUCAGUUUCAGCCAUGUUGUUAUGUUAAAUAGCCAACUGAGUUUUUUGUAAAACAGAACAGAUUAAAAUUUAGGAAAGCUGGUCAUCUGUGCCUUGUGCUCAAUGGUGAGAAUUUGGUUUGUCUUGAGUUAAAGCAAUUUAUUUCUUAAGCUUUGUUUUUUUAAUGUUGUUCUGUAAAUUUUUCCAUCAAACCUGGAAAAUCAUGAUCACCAGAAAUAAUUCUGGAAUGUUAUUUUGUUGCAAGAAACAAGCCAAUUGGGCGUAAGAAACUAAACUGCAAGUAAGAAAGGUAAUUAGUUUGCAGUAUUGUGGCUUUUUUGCAUGUCCUGAUCUUUGCUGUGAUUGGUCUUAACACAAUAAACAUUCCUGAAAUAUUUCAAGUGUUCACGGUUUUGCUGGUUUGAUUGUAAAGUAGACAUAUCAUAAAGCAUACUUUCUACUGGGAAAUCUGGAUUUGGAUUUUCCUCAGAACAGAUUUCAGUUUUCCAACCAGAACACAAAAUUCAAAAACAGAUUUUACUGUAUUGAAGUGGUUCAGUUGCUUUCAUCUUAUUAUUAAUUUGUUUGUUAUGUUUCUAUACAGGACCUGACUCAGCGGUACAGUCAGCAGAACAUGUUAAAGGGAAGAAAACGAGGUCAUCAGGAGCCACAAAGCUUCUUCUGCUGGUUUACAGAGCAGGAGGCUGGGGAUGAGUUGGGAGAAGUUAUAAAAGAUGACAUUUGGCCAAACCCCAUCCAGUAUUUUUUGGUAGGGUUUGUUUUGUUAUUAGUGAGCUCUGGUAUUAAAAUCAGUCACAACAUUGUUCACACUAAGUGAUUCAUUCUGUCCACUUUGUGAAACAUCACCAACACCCAGAUGUACAUGUAUCAAUAAUUAUUCCACCUUUCCUUUGUGGUAAAAACAUGAUAAUCUAUUCAUAUUUGUCAAGAAAAUGUUGUGGCUGUCUCUUCCAGCCCUGUCUCAAAAUCUCUCAAAAAAUGUUGAGAUCCUGACAAAUAAUGCUCAGAUCAUUUAACAGACUUAGGCCUUAUCAUCAUUUGGUUUUAAGUUUGAGCCAGAGUUUAUGGUGGUUUAAAUAAGACUAGACAAAGAAAUACUGGCCAGUUAAUUUUUUUUUUUUAAAUCUAGUUUUACAGGCUUUGUUUAUUAUUUGCCUGUCAGGCAACAGUCACUUUGAUGUUGAUGUGAUGUUUUCUCUUCUAACUAUUGGUGUUCAUUUAGUGACUCAAUGAUUUUGUUACCUCUGCAUCCUGCAUCCCUGACGCAUAAAGAUUUCCAAAGAUGCAAAAUAACUUAUAAGAUGUGUCCCAUAGAACGCAAAGAAUGAUCGAUUGAUUUGAAGAGUUUUCUGGUAAAAUAUACUGUUCAUAUGAUUUCUUCGAUCAGUAAACUGUAAAUAAAGAGUUUUGGCGUCUUUGUCCAGGUCAACUGUCUGGUUACAGAGAGGCCUAAACAUCUUCAAUUUAGGACUCUUUGUUUUCCUGAACUGAUUCUCAUUGGUUAUGUACAGGGACGCCUGAUUUUUCACAAGAUGAGUCCCAGGACUCACCAUAACUAUUUGUAACAAAAUCAGUAGUGGCUACUUUAAGAUGAGUGAGGAAUGAACUCAUCAGACACAAAUCAUAAUGAAUAACAUCUUUCACUAUCAAAACUGCUUUUUAGGGUCAUUCAACAAGUGUACUUCAGGAAGAUAAUGAAGAAGAUGAGGAAGAUGUUGAUGAAGAUGAAUCUGAGGAUCAGGUGGGUCUGUACACUUGAAGGCUUUCAUGUGGUACAAAUCACAGAAUUCUGGUCAUAAGCUUGCCUGGAUUUAAGGCAUAUUUUGCUGUUUCUGAUUGGCUCCAAUCCCCCAAUUAAUUCUUCAUAACCGGCUGGUGCUUACCAUAUUUGGAAAUUGUCGGCAAUAACUCAUUGAUUUGAUGGUACCUAUUUAAUAUUGUUAGCAGCCUUGUUUCCGGGGAACACUUUAAUAAAACCUUACAUGUGUAGCUGUUGUUUUCAGACCCUAUAACAAUGGCUAAACUUGUAAAUAACACUUGUAAAAGGUUUAUUAAAUUGACCCCAGGCGAGAACCUCUUCAGUUGUGCAAGGCUUCAGAUCACGGUAGUCUAAACUAAAGAAAAAUAGCCUUCAUGGCUAUUCAUAGACAAAAUAGCCUUAUUUCUAAAAAAAACUGAAUGGAAGAAAUAUGAUAAUAUGCAAAAAAAUAAAUUGCUUGAUUGGUGUUAUCAAUCUACUUUUUGAGGCGUUUUAUUAUGCAUAAUUCAAUAUGCAUUCUUUUCAACGCGCAUAAUUCUUUAAAUUAUACUCAGCCUCAAUGGUGGCAAAUUUAGUUUUUGUUCUUUUCUCUUCAUGAAAAUUGGUUCCCAUUGUCUCUCUUUGAAAGGAAAAAAGUUCUUUUGAAUUCUGUGAAUAUAAUUGCAGUAAAGAGGGCUGAUUUACAUUUAUCAGAAACUCAUAAGGGGUUGAAACGUGUAACUCUCAUAUGUUUGCUUUGUCUGAUGCUCGUGAUUAUUCAUUUUAGAAAGUACCAUAUUUGGAACGAGAAGAAGAGAUAACUAACCAAUCAAACUUCGCAAACAACGUGACGUAAUUUUACUUCAGGUUCCCGCGCCCGCUUAAAAAAAUGGCCUACAAACGGGGGAAAAACUCCCGAAAGCCGACAAAGCUUUCAAAGGUUAAAACCAGGAAUAUUAUCGAAACACUGAGCAGGAUAUUAUUGCCUUACCACCCGGGCCAAACGUCACAUUAUGAAACCCAUUGACGGCCUCGCAACUUCUUGAAGUUGUCACUUCAAAAAACGAUGCCUCGUUGACCCUUUGCACAGUAAACUUACACUGCAAAUAGGCUUUUAAAAUUCUUAUGUUAAAAGUCUAGAAUAAGCAGUGAAAAAUAUUUUCGAAUAAAAUUCAUUAGCUGCGUAUCGAAAGUGUCCAAAACCUGAACCUGACAUCUUCGCAAAAAGUGAUGCUUGUAAUGAAUGUGAGAAGCAUUUUAAAAGCUUAAAUUAAACUUAGAUGUUGUAGUCACGAUCGUGUUUUGAGCUAAUUUUAUGAAUGAACAAACUCAAAACAAUAGACAGAGAAGCCGUUUCUUGAAAAUUUUUAUUCAAAGUCCAAAAGGUUAAUCCUUUAAAGCAAUUCGGAAAACACUAUCUGGAUCGUGGAUCCGUUCACGCAAGUGACAUUGGCUAAGCACAUGGCAAAAUUCAACACAAAAUCCAUCUCAAAUCAGGGCACAUUUUGUAAUUUUUCUUUAGCGCCGAAGAGAAAAAUUUAUAAAACGUCUAUGAAACAUUUAAAAAUACAUAAAUUCCCUUUCAAAAACGUAAUUGUCUUGGCCAUAGAGUGCAAAAUGUACCUGAAAAUUCAGCAAAAUCUUCGCUGACUUGGUUGCAUUUUUAAAACAGACCAUGGGCUCCGCCGUGAAGAAAACAAAGUUGAAUUCGUCGAAGGACGAUUUCUUGAUGAAAAGCUUCCCUUUCUCCACAAAAAGAAAGCUGAGCAUUCUUUUGAACUUUCUCUUUCCAUUUUUUGUCUUUUAACGGUGUAUUUUUAACCUUGAAAUGCAGAACUCUUGUCUUAAAACAUCUGCAUGGUGAUCGCGCAGCAGCCAUUUUGUUGAAAAUGGAUAUCCGUCACUAAGAUUUCCAAAUAUGGUCAAAAUGAAUAUUCACAAGCAUUGGACGCGAGUUACACGUUUCAACCCCUUAUGGGUUUCUGCAUUUAUAUAAUAUAGAAGAAAAGUCAUAUUGCCACCAUUUUGAAAUCUACAUGCAAACAAAAGAUAUUCCACUUAAAAGGGCCCACCCCACCCCUGCUUACAAGUCCAACCCCCCCUGUAUACACUCCAGACAUUAUCCGUUCUCUUACACUUUUGUAGUGUAUUCGUUAUCACAGAGCGAGUAAAAUGUGGAGCAGUGUCAGUUUUUGUGUCAGUCUUCAAGUUAUAGCUAGAAAUAAUUAUAGCUUUAAACAUUGUAUUGUAAGAAGUUACAGUAUUAGCUCAUUUUGAUGUUCAUAUGAGGUUUCAAAAUUCAAACCAGUGGAGGGGAAAAAGGCUGUUUCUCCAUGUCCCCCCCCCCGCCUCUGUACUGUUUAAUGGUGGGUGCCUGUCUUCGCCCGGGCCCCCCCUUAUUUUUGGACCAAACUGAGGCCCGAAGGGCCGGAAAAAGUUUUUUGAGACCACCCCCCUUCCCCCCUACCUCAUCUGAAGGCCUGGAUCCGCCACUGUCGCCUAUUCAAAAAACAAAUCGACAUCCUUCAAAGCUUUAUUCUAUUUUUUUCACCAGAAAAGUUAGCACGGUUAUUUUUUUAUUGAAGGAGGUUAAGCCCUCUCCCGAGCGCCAAAUGAUAAAACUUAUAACAUUUGAUAACUUGUUUCUACUACUACGACAUUCUCGCUAAAACCCGCUGCAGAAUGGCGACGACUAUUACGUUUUCCCGCCAAAAUGACGCUGGUUCACACGCGUGCACUACUUAUUAGUAUUCAGAAAAUCUCCUGUUCGUAGUCUUCCUCGUCUCAGAAUCUUAAGGUAUUGUGGGUAUUCCUACUCCCCUAGCUAAGAAGAAGUGGCAAUAUUCAAAAUUGCUCUCUACUGCAGAAACUGGGUUAGUCUGAGUAUGCCUGGCUUUUGUGGCUACAUUAGUACGUAGGAUAACAAUGAAAAGAGAAAAUGCUUUUUGAUGGCAUUACUGCCAUCUUUGAAAACAACUGACCAACGUUGUCUGCAUCAACCAUCAGGAUGAUGUGGUGGUAGUAGAUGAAGGAGAAGAGGAUGAUGAAGGUGAUGAAGAAGAAGGAGUUGAGGAUGACGAGGAGGACGAGGAAGAGGAGGAGGAAGAAGAAGUGGUGGUAGAAGAAGGAGAGGAAGAAGAUUUGGCAGAGGGUGAUGAGGGGGAAACACCAGUCGUGUAUGAAAUGGAUGAAGAAGACGAGGAACCAGAAGAUGGUGAUGAUGAAGAAGGGGAACCAGGGGUAAGAGUAGGGCAUGAACAUUGUAAGCCCCGUGCAAACGGACGCAACAUUGUUGGAUGUUACAUGUUGCGCCCGUUGGCACACCAGUUGCAUGUUGACGCAUGUUGUUGUGUAUUUUUGGGAGUUGUUGCGCAAAGUUUGAAACCAGUCAAACCUAUGAGCCAACGACUCCCAACACUUCUUUUGUUCCCGUUCCUUGUUCGCCGAAGCGUAGCGCAACAAUGUUGGAUCUGUUCGUACAGCUCUUCCAUUGUUGGGGCCACGCACACGCAUUCUACAUUGUCUCCAAAAUCUUAUCGGUUAUAUCCUUCCCACAAUGCACUGCAGAUCCCAACUUUUUUUGGAGUUGUGGGCAUUUGCACUGGGCUUAAUGAACAAAAUAUUGUGAUACUGAGCUAUCAAGCCAAUUAGCAGUUGGUCAUUUUUGGACGGUUCGUAAUUUACCCGUAGGUAAAGUUGUGAAAGUGACUAUAUAAAAUUUGAUACAUUUUAACUGCCUGAGAUUAAUAUAACAUGUAAAAGACUUCGAAGGACUUUGUGAAGGGCGAAAUUGAGUCCGGCUGCUUAUGAAAAUCAACCCUUUCAAUCUCUUUUAACCAGGUUAGGUUUUGAAAAACAUUUAAUUUACGUGGCUAUUUCCCAGGGAGUUAAUUCACUAUGGGGCGAACUCAAUUUCUUACGGGACUUACUAGUAGAGGGCUAACUCGCUAUGGAGCGAAACCAUUGGCUUUUGUUGCGUGAGGUCUCUAACCAACCCCCACGCCCCUCGACGGUGGCCAAUGAGUUUAGGGUGGUUCCGCCUACGUCCUGUUUGCCAGUGUCGUAAUCGUUUCGCUAACGUGUUUUCUACCUUAUUAACUCAGUUGAUGUCACCGAAUAUUUUCGCUUCUGUCCUCCUCCGACGCAACAGCUUUUUUUUCUUUAGAAACGAACUUCUUCAGUAGUUUAUUGUAGCCAACGUUAGCGCAACUCCGUUCGUAUACAAUUGUGUAAACUAAAGUAUUCAAAUGACGAAAAGUUCAUAUGAAAAGCACGUGCAGUUCUAAUUUAGAACAAAAGACAUUGGAAAGUGAGGCUUUCAUGACGCACUACCCAAACCUGAAUAUUAUGGUAUUUUUGAGGGAGACACGUGACCCCUGACCCAUCCAUGGCGCUUAUCUGGCUCCGGUGGUUCCCAUCUAGUGCCUUUAUUAUCUAUUAUUAUACAUUGUACUCACUGUGUCUUCUCAUUGGCUAAGAGCCUACGUUUAAUUUUGAAAAUUAGCGUAACCUACAGAUUAGUUAGUUCUCUGCUAGCAGAUUAGGGACAGAUCUGUAGGUUGCGUGCGCGAUGCAUGAUUUCCAAGAGCAUUGUCAAACUGUGUUCCAUGCGAUGCUGUGUUUGUUUUUAUUUUUUAAGAAACAAUACAUGAUAACACAAUUCUUAGACUCGGUUUUUGUGAUAUCCGGAAUAAUCAAGGUUUGGGUAAGUGUUAUCGGCCUCGGCCUUCGGCUCGGGCUCGGCUGAUAACGCGGGCUCGACCUUGAUUAUUCCGAAUAUCACAAAAGACGAGUAUAAUAAUUGUUUAUUGUUGAGCUAGCCUGUUCCAGGCGUUCAGAUAGUAAAGCGCGGCUGUCAAUGGGGAGCGAGUUAAAUUGUACACCGGGAAAACAAGGGGGGGGGGGGGGGGGGGGGGGGCGAGCUUCGUGAAUUUUUCUCCCGCGCUCUACUAUCUGAACGCCUGGAGCAGGCUAUUAUUGAGCGAGAUUCGAAUUUAGCAACUACAACAUCUUAUGUUUUUCAAGGAGGAAGUUCUUCUGGAGGGCGAGGAAGAGGAUGACGAAGAAGAUGAAGGAGUUGAACAGGAGGAAGACGAAGAAGACGAGGGAGACGAAGGCGAUGAGGUUGAACCGGAAGAAGGAGACACACCAGCGAAUUAA